AAAAAAUUACUCGUUAAAGUCAAACUUUUUGUGCCAUGAAUCUGAAUGCAGGAUCAGUUCAUUCAAAGGCAACAAGCAUGAGCGAUGACGCAACAGCCACAACUGAGUUUGUUUACGAUGCCCUGUUUAGUUUUGACGACUUACCCAAUCGCAAACAAAAACAGCAAACUCGGCACACUCAGAAGCCUCAAGAGGAUAGGGCUGGAUCAGAUCAAUUGCAAUUAGGAUGGUACCAAGUAGCCAAGGCACCUGUUCCUUUCAAUGAAGAUGUAUUUUGGAAGGUCUUGGAACGUUGGAUCCUCGAGGCACCAUCGAUCAUUCCACCCGUUUUGAAAGUAGAGAUUUUGCAUGAUACUGGGGAAGCAGGCCAAAAUGUACAUGAUUCCACAUCACCAUUUACUUUAAAACGAGAACAACUGCUACUAGAUUCGAAAACCCCAUUUAGAGCUAUCCAGAGGAAAUUAUUGCCAAGGCGUUCCAAUAAGGAUCCUAUGAUGAAAGAGCAGAUUUAUUUUGUCCGAUCAUUAUCCAUGCCAUCCUCUUGUGGGGAGCCUUCAGAGGAAAAAAAGGAUUCAUCACUAUCGAAAAGUGCAAGGAGUUAUGCCAUUUUUGCACCUGUCACCAUCACCACUACAUCCUCUUCCUCCUCCUCUUCCUUGUUUAACAAUAAUAAUAUUCCACAGGAACAGGAUGAAAUACAGAUCAUGAAAGCAUCAUUGCCUUUCUAUUAUCCUAAAAUUCGUGGGUUCCGAUACGGAUAUAUACCUGAUCCGGAAGGCGAAGAGAGCGAUGACGCUGAUGAAGAUAGUGAUCAUAGAGGAGAAGAACAAUACGAAUAUGAAGACCGAGAGGGAGUUGUUGAACCAAACAGCAGCAACACAUCCGCCUCGAUAAACGAAGCAGCUCCAGCAAACAAGGCUAAGGCAUUGUGUAAACGCUUCGGUUGGAUCACGCUUGACCUCCUUCUAGCUGGGGAUGAAGGUGAGUUUACAGAAAAGAUGCAAUAUGCAUUUAAGGAGCUUUUCAAGAAAUUAUACAAAUGGGGAGUAAAUACUACAAAAGGAUUUACCAAGAGUCGAAUCCAACACGAUGUCAUGGUUCCCAAGGAUCUCUACUUGAAGACAUAUUCCCGGUUGAAAGGAAUGUAUGCGCAGAAGUGGAUGCAAGCCUGGCCAGAGAAGACCGACCCACGGAAGUUUGUCUUUGAAGAUAUUGCAAUUGCCAGUUGGUUGGUCGCUCUUUGGGAACUGGAGCGCGAAGAUGAAUGUGAACAUAGACAUGAACAUGCACCACCACAGCCACAACUUCAACAACAGUUUCAAAGGAAACAAACAUUUGUAGACCUAGGAUGUGGUAAUGGGCUGUUAACCCAUAUUCUAAACGAAGAGGGCCAUAAAGGUAUAGGAGUUGACAUCGUAGCAAGGAAAGUAUGGGACAGUUACGGAGUCGGCACUCAACUCGAAGCCAGGACUUUGAUCCCAAAUGAGGUGGAGCUGGAAGAUAUUGAUUGGAUCAUUGGGAACCAUGCCGAUGAGCUUGCACCAUGGAUACCUAUUAUCGCCAUGCGAGCAAAACCGAUGGCCAGGUUUGUCGUGAUCCCUUGUUGCUUCUUUGACCUCAAUGGUAGCCGAUAUUCGUUCCCGAAAGGUUAUCCUGAAGGCAAAUACAAGGCUUACCAAAGCUACAUCUGUAGCAUCAUUGAGAUUUGUGGCUAUGAGCUUCAAACAGAGAGCCUCCGAAUACCUAGCACCAAAAACAUGGCCCUUGUGGGCAUGAGGAUGAAGAAGGAGAAGCAAAGUGGUCAAGACCGACAUGACAAUAUAGAUGCACAAGGCAGCAGUAACGAUGACUGUCGUGCUAAAGUUGAUGAUCUUGUCCGAAAAAGCGGGUUAUUCGUGGCUCGCCUGUCGGAUAAAGAUAAGCAAGCGCUGCAAAGAUCCAAAUACACAGCAAAAAUGUUAGCUAAGGAAAAUGGGUGUCGGAAAUCCACUUUUUAGAAAACAAUUCCAUGCCCAAUCCAGAAAACAUAA